AUGUCGUCUCAUUGGGAGGCAUCGUGGCUUCAUAUAUCAGACAUUCUUCUCAGUGCUGCAAGUUUUAAUUCACAUUCCGAGGUUACUCAGAUGGCUCAAAUUGAGCUGUCAAAUGAUGCCAAACUGCUUCAACUUCUUCGGGAAAUCGAAUUAACUCUUGAAGCUCUCCUUUUAUCACUCUCUGAUGCUGCUGUCGUCCGUCUUCUAGCCAGUGUUUCAAGUCUUAUCAAUAUUCGGGGAAAUGCUCCCUUACUUUUGUUUGCCGCUGUCUGUGGCUCAGUCUUUGCGUCUUCAUUGGAGGAAACACGUAAGGCGAAUAAUUACGCCGAUAUUGCGAUUCGUGAACUGGGUGUAUUUGACUACCUUUGCGACGUACUAUGCGAAUCAGAUUUGGUUCAAACAGCCAAAUCAACCGUCUCUACUUGGUCGAAUUCCGAUUUCCUCACUAUACCUGACAGUCUGAGCCUGGUUUGCUUUUCCACUCAUCUCGCUGUCUUUGAUCUUGUCACUCUUCUGGCUCAUCAAGUUGCUUUAGACUCCCUUGGAGGCUAUCAAACUGGCUAUACUCGUGUUCUAGCUAAAACCCUCUCCGUCGUUGUGCAUUGUAGUGGGAAUAUGAUUACUAAAGAAGUUCAGCCUGCAAGAAUCGAUGAACGUAUUGUCUCUAUUAUUGAGGAUGCCGCUCAGAGAUUCCCAAUGAAGUUGGACUUAUUACACCUCUGCACUUCACUACUUCACACCGCUGUCAACAACGCAAUUGCUCAAGACGAAGGGAGUGUGAUAGACCUAGUGGUUAAAUUAAUCUCAAGUGUGCCUUACUUCGCAGAGCAAUGUAAGCCCUCAUCCCUUAAGGGUUUGGUACGCUUUCACGAUCCGGCGGAUGAGAGCGAAGAGACGACUGUAAGUUUAUUGCGUCAACGCUGGUCUCUUCCACCAGAAGGAUCUCCACAGCUGGAACAUUUUUCAAGCAGCAAGUCCGUGCCUAAUCCGUUGGCCAUCAGCAUUCCUGCCGGCACUAGAGGCGUUCUCAAGCAAAAUGCAACGGUUGUCGUUUGGCAGCACGAAUAUUCAUUGUGGCCUGUGCUCAAUGCUAUCGUAGUUUCGGCCGAACAGGUACUCUUUUUGAACCGAGUUGAUCAUCAGAAUGAUUUUCCCUCCAAACGUAGUACUCUGGAUGUUUCGACAACAAUUUCGCGUCUUGUCUCGUGUCUGGAUUUCGUUGAUGCCUGUCUAUUGACAAGAGUUGAACCUGCACGUUGUUUGGCCAUUGCGGAAUUGUUAUGGAAUCUCGUUACGCGUAUAUUCACAGAGUCUCUGAGCGGAGAACGAGAAAAUCCAUUAGGAGAUUUAUUGACUACUCUAUCAGUCGACUACCUCUUACCCUGCCUUCUCCGUCUCACCGCACAUUCUGUCACUGCACUGCCCUCUAGCGCAGAAUGUGACCUCGUCUACGGGGCUUCCAAUGGCGUUUUUCGCUGUCUCAAAGCUGACCGUAUACUCUUCCCUUCAGCAGUCCUCCAACCUCAGGGAGAUAAGCAACAAGCGGCUGGAACGCCUAUCUUUACUCUGACGGACUCUUGCCUUCUGCGCAUCAUUUCAAGAUCCACGUCGGCAUCACUGUGGCCAGCCGAGAUUUCUCCAUCCACUACUUACCGUCUCUUUUCGGUAUAUUUAGACCUGGCGUUGGAUCUCUUAUCCGCAGAGAAAGCGGCAUUUUUCGCUGGUAUGGAAUCUUGGUUUACCGAGACUCUAGAAGAGGAAGCCAUGAUUGGUGAGAAUCACAGUCCUCUCCUAGCAUGUCUCGUUUUUUGUUAUGAUCUUCUCGUUGAGGUCGGUAGUGGCGACUCUCGUGGAUUUAUCACCCCCAAGCUGCUUGCGGGAUCACCUAAUACCAAAUCGGGAAUCUUACGUCUUGUCAACAAAGCUCUGCUUUUCUUCGUGGAACUUCUUACCUCAUGUUCCUUGGAGGGCGGUGACGGUGCUGUAGAAAUCAUUGAAGAAUCGAAUCCACUGUCUUUAAAUUUUCCUCUUUUCCACUUUCGUGAUUUGCGCUUCUACGCACAUUGGCUCCUUGCAAACUCUGAAUCCUUCUUGAAUUGCCUUGCCUCUCUCACAAAGGUUUCUGUUAAUGCACUUCAAAAACCCCUCCAUUCUACCGACUUCGAUUUUCUUCGAUUCUCUACUCGAUUGGAAGAGAAGCAAAUCGGCGGCGUCUCGGCCUUGGGUCAGUACCGAGUCCAGUCGACAUGGCUUGCACUCACACUUCUACAUAACCUCUUUUCCAUCCACUCCACGAUACCACUUAAGAUCCUCUCGGUUAAUGAUGCCACUUCCAGUGCUUACUUCCUCUACCUCCUCGACUUCCUCGAUCCCACUUGUCCCGUGGGGCUGACUCGAGCUGCAGUCAGUCUGCUUAAGAAACUCACCCCUUUCUCUGAACACCUUGUCACUCCACACCUUCACGAUAUGCAACCACGUCUACUAGACUUUUUAAUUUACCGCCUGCGCUUCACAUCUGAGGACCAGAUCACGCGCAUCGGUUUGUUUGAUUGGUUGGCGGAGGCCGUGAUGCUUGAUGUGCUCAGCGGUGCCACCAAUGCGCCCUUCAACGGGCCAGGUUUUGGGUUUUUGCGAAUGAUUUCGUCAAAUACCAAGGGAAAUUUGGACGGCCUUCAAGGGAUCAUUAUCACUGCAUUGCAAGAGCUGAAGGCAAGCGGUGAGGAGCGAAAUUGCGUUUCCACCAACCUUUACUGGUCUUUGCUGAAAUUGAUUUCGGCAAUAUGGAUGCAACCGAGCAAUCCAUUUCGUACUCAACUUCGCGAGGCUGCCAAUUUUUGGAAAUGCCUCAGUGAUCCCUUUUUCAAAUAUGUGUCAACAUUGAGGGAGUCCGAGGCGGAACAUUCCAUUGUAGACCUGGAGAUUGCUGGCAGCUACGCCACUGUCGUCGCCAUUGAGUUGUUUGAGUCUCUAAAAUUUACGAGUACACUAGAUGCCACCUUCUCGGCAGUUUGCAAGCAGUUUGUGCAGCAGUUCCUUGAGCCUUGGCUUCAGGCGGCAUUUCGAUGUUCCGAUAGCAUACCAGACGAGUUUAGUAAAUCAUCCUUUAUGACAGCUCUUGACUGGGCAAUGGUUCGUUGGAAAGGUGUAUUUUUCACCCUUCUAAAGUGGGACAUCUCUACUUUGGACGACAAGAUGCGGUUGACUUCCCACAGUCAAAUCGUUGGUCUUGUUGUCGCCUGCCUCGACAAGGCUACUACAUGGAUUUCUUUGCCACGCAGUCCAUCAGUUGUCUCAAUUAUCGACCAAUUGGCUGUUUGUUUAGCGGCAUCUGCUGACUACCUCGUUAGGUCUUUUGAAAUGUCUCCACUCCCCAUCCACGAGUGGAUACGACGAGCCGUGGCGUUGCUGGAACACAAGGCUGUGCCAACUGCCUCCAGGCCAUCAACCAAUAAGACUUACUCACAUUUUCACACCGAUCUAAUGGCAUUUAUCUGCCUUCUCCUUCCAAAAUGUUACCAGGUAUCGUCCCAUCUGUACGAUCGCUUGCUCAGCCUGUGCAUAGAAGUCCUUCAAGGUGUAUCCUUGCUUCCUCGCAUCACCGCUGUGGAGUCACAGGCCUUUGAACAGGCUAUGAAUUUGAUGCAGGCAAUUUGGAACAAAUUCGAUGCCAUCAAUCUUGCCAAUUGCCUAGUGGACGCAGGCAUAAUUAACAAUUUGAUCGGUAUCCUUGCUGAACAUUCAAUGACUUUCAGUGGAGCUGAGCUCGGCCAGACCAUUGUGCGCUUACUCACGCGUUUCCUUUUGCCUGCCGGGUGCUCACUCCAUCCGGAUCUCUCUCCGGCCCCGCAUGGGGACAAGAUUGUCACUGGUCAAUGUGGCUGGUCGUGCUCCGAGCUGACUCAAGUGCUGGCCUCUUACGCAGCCCCUCUUGUUCAGGCACUUCGCCUACCGCCUACAAAACAUCUGAUGCAAUGGCUAUCUCAGGCGGACGAAUGCAAAUCUCCUGACAGGUCUUGCGAAGGCCUCUUCCCCAACACAGCAUGGAGUGAGUUUCUGCUCUCCCAACUGCGGCUUAUCAUCCUCCUGGUGGUGCAGGGAGGCGGUGCCAGCGACGGCACACCGAUGGCUCAUCUGCUCAGAGCCUUCCUCCUCAACAAUCAUGAGCAGCUCUGCGUUCUUCUCACGGCUCCACCAAGGGGUCUGCUGAUUGCUUCGGCUAUCCUCGACCUCUACUGGUGUGCCAUGCACUCCUCACCUGCUGUCACAAAACUCGUCUCACCGACGUGUGUGGCCUCAGCAGUACUCUUUGCUCAGGGUCAUCGUGAGAAGCAUUCUUUGCCCGACGGUGCGUCAAUCUGCCUUCCGUCAGACGUUUGGACCCCUAUUUACUCCGCAGCUGUUCAGUUGACGCGGAAUUGCGCCCUAUUUCUUCUACGACCGGGCCCUUCAGAUUCCCCUAAAGAUGCAUCAUCAUCUUCAAUGCUAAAGCAUUCACCAGAGAAUCUUAAGGCGUCAAAGCUGUCUGUCAACUUGAAUCUUCUUCCAAUUUUGCGAUUGCUGAGUAGCUGCCUUCGUUUGGUUGCUAUUGAGACUCCACGCUUAGGGGAUCUGUCCUUUGCUUCGACAUCUGAAAUAGCGGCGUUGGCACCCGAGGCAACAUUGAAAUUUGCCACACCAUCAAUGGAACCUUCUAACACUCUCACUUUUGGUGUACUCUUCUCGGUCGCUCGAGCCUCUAGUCAAAUCAUUGCAGACAUCCAUAACUCACAAUUUUUUGUGAACCAGCCUUGUGACCGUCACACUGAACUUCUGCCUCUACUGAUGGAAGUAAAUGAACUGGCUUUCUCCCUCAUCUACUCUCAGGCCACGAUUUGGCUCAUAAAUCCAGGGCUCGAUGCGACCGAUAAGCAUACCCUCUCGAGAGGUUUAGCUGUGGAAUUUCAAUCCUAUAAUUUUUCGGGUCGCUCGGCACGGCGUCGAAUAAGAACGCGUGGAUGUCAAAAGCCGACAAGGAACUCCACGAGUCACCUUAAGCACUCAUGUGACUCUUCCCUUGUUGCAGAUUCCAUUGAUUUGCCCAGUCAGAAGCUUAGCAAUCUACUUACUUUUCUCGCCUUCACAGAACGCUUCUCGGAUUUUGUAAAAUGA